AUGAAUAACGACGAAGUGAAAAUUAUCGAACAGGAAUAUAAGCAAUUUUACGAUAAAUUUUGCUACAUAAAUGAAAACACAUUUUCCAUAGAUAUAAAUAUGAGUGAAGAAAAUGAAGAGAAGUCCAAACAUAUGGUCACCAAGAAAAUGCUAAAGCUGGUCAUCCAAUUUGAUGGUCAUCAUUUCGAAGUAUUGAAUGAGCAUACACAUCGAGAACGUUGCGCCAAAAAAACAGAGUUUGAAAACAUUGAACAAAUUUUCAAUACAUUCUGCCCCUUGUCCUUUAAAAAAUUCAUCACCCAAGACAUCACAAGGAGGUUAAAUUCAGCUUUGUAG